GUAUGCUGCAAUUAAGCUUUGAGCGGCAAAUGUGUACAAUUCAAAACUAACCCUUAAAUGUAUUUUUAUUCUUCAAUUACCACCAAUGCACCUCAGUCCUGCUUACGUCAUCUACAUGCGCCACACAGGCUACGUUUUUAAAAUGCGACAGUGGUGUUGAACAACGUUCGAAAAUCUGCAUAUCAAAUAUGGGUUGGACAUUAACUAGUCAAAUGUAAGGUAUCCCUUUUUAAUGUAAACACAAUGUAGAUUUUACCUGACUACGACAUGUGCGACUCACCAGAACAUCACCAGGCUCGUCUGCGAAAUUUGGAAGAGUUGACGGAGUUCACCGAGAACUGCCAGAGACAACUGAAUGAGCUGUUCGAGACUGGACCAGGAUAACGGGCCAGUUCAGGUAGGUCAGGAAGCUAGUUAGCUAUAUGAGAUUAUAACUUGUAAAUGACCUUCCACAGGAGCCGAUGGAGAUGUGCCCCUAUGACCCGAACCACAGAGUGCCAAGCAGGAGCAUGGGGAGACACAAAGCCACCUGCCAACUCAGCCAGAUUGGAUACUCCCAUGAGGAACAGGCUGAGAUGUGUGACCCCUCUCUGUGUUAUGAGAAUGCCAGCAUUACCAGCUUCACAAUGGACAAACACACACAGCAACAAGUGAUUCUUCAAGCAAGAGCAAGUGCACCGCCAAUUAGGACAGAGGGACUGUACAGCCAAAGUGAAUACUCCACAGACCCUACAGAAGUUCCUCAGAACCAGAAGCGAGCUAUCUGUGACCUUACUGUGGCAGACCGAUUGGCUCUUUUUGAUCACGUGACAAGGGAGAGCAUCAAACAGAAGGAUCAAGCUGUUGCAACCAACAACGAGGACCUUUAUGUUGAUUUGGUGGCCAAGCUCAAAAAGGGUAACGAUCAGAACGAGCACAAGUCUCACCUGGAGCUGAUGGCUGAGAUGAGGGACUACAAGAGACGGCGGCAGUCUUACAAAGCCAAGAACGUCCAUAACACCAAGAAGUCCUACACUGAGGUGAUUCGGGAUGUGAUUAAUGUCCACUCUGUUGAACUGUCCAGUCAGUGGAAAGAGGAGGAGCGGAAGGAAGAGGUUAGAGUGUCCAAACACGGCCUUCACAGGAGAAGUUCUGAGGAAAGGCGGUCUGCCUCCAUAGAGUCCCGCCAAUCUCACGUCAGCUCCAGGGAUGGAAACGUCUCCCAGCACAAACACCACGGCAUCGAAGAGCGCAGAAAAUAUCCCAGUCCAGAGCAGGGCCAGGGGCGCAGCCGAGAGAAGGAGCGCAAGAAGAAGAGAAAGAGGGAUUCUUGCUCACCAGAUGAGAGACCUCAUGAUCGAAAGAAGAAAAAGAAGAAGAAAAAGGAAGAGAAGUGAUUUUCAAGUUUAGUACUUUGGCUUGGAAAACCAGAGAUUAGGUCAAGGAGCCAACCAAAGCUACGAUCAAAUGUUCAUAAUAGCGUACCACUUAGAAUGUACGCCUUCAUACUAAGUGCCCAAUUCAUGGUUUCAUACUAAGUGGUAUGCGUGUGUAGAAAUUGUAGUUUGACUCACAGACAAAUCUUUCUUUGAUGUAAUCUAAUGAUGAUAUUUUAAAGCAACAGUGCAGCUUUAAACAACUGUCUUAAACUAGAGAGGUUAUUAAAAGCCUGUUGUAUUAGAUUACAGAAUGUAAAUAAACUGUUCGAACACGA